UUUCUCGCUGUGACGGUCGCUCCUUCCUCUUUGUCGAUUGUCCGCAACUGCAACCGCAUCCAUCGAAUUUGUUCUUUGUCCACGGCCAUCCCUCUACUGCUUCUCCCUUCCACCAUAGCAAACUUCGACACAAAGACAAUCGACAUGCCGCGAUCAAUAUCAUCGUCGCACUCGCGCACGGCGACCAAUUCAUCAUCCCAGCACGGCUCAAGUUACUCAUCCACCAAGCCUCCCUCGGUGCGCAGUGCGACUGGUUCCUUUUCGACAAUCAACAGCGGACCCUUCAUACACGCCGACGAUCUCGACACAACAAUUCAGUGGAUACCAUCCUACUAUCUAGACGAUGUGCCGCCACAGCAGUCUCCAGUCGGCUCACCUAGGCGCAAUGCGCUGGUUCCGGACACGCCAACCUCAUCUGUUCUCUCGUCGGCCUUCUCAUCCAAGGUCAGUCUACUGCCUCAUGGAUUGAUGCACUUGAUUCGCACAUCCGAGCUUGAGAGGCCCACAAAGGAAAUGUUCCUAGCUACGGUCCGCAUGAUGGUGUACAUCUCCCAUCAGCUGUUCCCACCAUCACACAUACUCCGAAAAGAUGUGGCACACGAUAUUGAGAACAUCGCCCAAGACAUCUGUGAGUUCUUGGAUCUGGUCCAAGACAAGCUCCAAGAAAGACUUGAUGCUGCAAACUCAGCAAAUGCUAAGCUUCCCGACAACGAGUUGCAGGAUGAGGUUCCGCUGGAAGAGGUCAUCAAAUGGGUCGACAUUAUCGAGUCAGUUAUGUACUCGCAGUUGGUCCACACAUUAAGCUGACGUUCGACUAGUGGAUUGCACAGACCGACGCACAUCGAGGCAAAGAUCUUCCGCCGCAUUGCUACCCUGUACGAUGAGUUCGUCUACAUGCCGUUUUUGCAACUGCAUCGCCAAGAGCCAGAACACAACAUGUUCGCCCUCCUCGACACCUUCCUGGAUGCUAUCUUCAUCCGCCUGCGUGCCAUCACGUCUGAU